CGACAGCUCUCCGAUGAGACCCGUGGGGACAUAUUUCAGCUGUCUCUCCUCUCUGUUGCUUGCAAACCAAACCAAGUACUAAGCAAUUCCCGAUUUGCCUCGGGAAAACGCCAUUCGUCUCCAAUGCUCCAGAUCAUUUCCCAGAAGUCAAUGCGACAUCCUUUCGCACUCUGCUUGAUAAUCCAACUGGAGGUAUAAAGUGGGGCGGGGUCGGGCUGGCUAUCGGCAGAACAUCCCACUGUUGGCCAUGGCAGGAACUUCAUAUCCCACUUUCACCUUCGACACCACCGCCGAGGAAGUCGCGACCGCGUUCGCGGACGAGAUCAGAGGCAAGAGCGUCCUCAUCACAGGAACUUCGAUCAACGGAAUCGGGUUCGAGACUGCGCGUGUUAUCGCUAGACACGCGAAUCUGGUCAUUAUAACCGGCUACAAUCAGGAGCGACUGGAGCUUGCGCGAGCUGAACUGGAGAAGGAGAGCCCCAAGGCUGAGAUCCGGCCACUGGUUCUCGACCUCUCGUCGCUCAAGGAUGUGCGCCGAGCGGCCGCCGAGGUCAAUACUUACGCCGAGCCCAUCCACAUCCUAAUCAACAACGCGGCCGCUGCCAUCAGCAGUUUCAAGCUCACCGUGGACGGCUUCGAGAGCCAAAUCGGCACGGACCACAUCGGUCCAUUCCUCUUCACAUCGCUUAUCGCGCCAAAGAUCCACGCCGCGCGCACCGCGACGUUCACCCCACGCGUGGUGUUCGUCUCGAGUUCCGCGCACAGGUACCAGGGGGUGAAUCUGGAGACACUGGACAAACCCGAUCCUAAAUCUUACGACCCAAUGAACGUAUAUUCUCAAGCCAAGACUGCGAAUGUGCUCACUGCGGCAGAGAUCUCGCGGCGGUCCAAGGGGCAGAUCAACGGGUACAGUCUGCAUCCCGGAGUGAUCCUCACAAACAUGAGCGGGAAGGAAGAGAUCAAAGACAUCCAGAAGGAGCUGGGGAUCCUCCGCCCCGACGGCACGCCCAACCUCGAUAUGAUGAAGUGGAAGACGAUUCCGCAGGGCGCCGCGACCACCGUCACCGCCGCAUUCGAUCCGCGGUUGGACAGUCUCCCUGGUGCUUACCUGGAUGACUCCACCGUCGCGAACGACACGGUUGCGCCGCACGCGUCUGAUCCUGCGAUCGCAGCGAAGUUGUGGGAUGCCACGGAGGCGCUCGUCGGUGUGAAAUUCCUGGUCUAAACUUCUACAUAGUCGAUUCGGACGAUAAAUUGUACCUUGGACUCUCAUCCACGUGUAUCACACUCGAUUGUCUCUCCUGUGCGAUUGGUGAUGGGAAGUUACAAGUCAAUCAAGCCACG